UGGAAUUGAAGGAUCAAAUGGUGAUCUUGAAAACCUUUAUAAGUUAGAAAAUGAUGAAACAUGUAUUGGAGAUGUGUUUGCACAAAUGGAACAAGGUGAUAGUAGGUUGGAAAAGGUUUAUGGUGAAUAUUGUAAACGGCACGAGGCUGCCGUUCAGAAGCUUCGGGAAUUUGAUACUGAUGACAAUGUUCAAGGAUUUUUACAGAGUCAAUGUGAUGGCCGAACAACAUGUUGGGAUAUCACAAGUCUCUUGAUAAAACCAGUGCAGCGUGUAUUAAAAUAUCCAUUACUACUGCAACAAAUCUUAUCACUUACAAAACCUUCUCAUCCGGACUAUGAACAACUUAAAUAUUCUUUAUCGGAAAUUACAAAAGUUGCUGAACGCAUUAAUGAAAUAAAAAGACGUAAAGAUAUAGUCGAAAAAAUUGUGGGCAAUAAAAAACAUAAUUAC